AUGGUUGGUGUGCCUGGCAGAUCCAAGGCAUGCGUCACCUGUCGACGGCGGAAGAAGGGUUGCGAUAAGAAAGUGCCCUUUUGCGGCCAGUGUCUCGCCCUGGGUAUCCCAUGCGAAGGAUACGAGCGUCAGCAAAUAUGGCUCAACAGCGAAGGUUCCACGCAAAAGUCAUACACUAAAUCUCCCUCACGAACCAGAGCACAAAAGUUCACUGGCCUUUUCUGGUCAGAUUAUCUGUCUGGCGGAAGUGGUUACUCCCUGAAAGCCUCUGGUAUAACCAGUACAAAAUGGAUGAAGCUCUACGAGGCUCUAAGUGAAGUUGAAGCUAGUCUUCAAUACGUCGCUAUGGCGCUCAGCACAGCAACACUCGGUGCGAAUAAUAGCGAUGUCCAACUCAUGGGCAAAAGUCAACAAGCAUAUGGAUUAGCAAUGCAGCAAAUGGCAACGUCGUUUAUAUCUCCAUCACGAAACAAGGAUGGCAUUCUCGCUGCUAUUCAGCUCAUGCGUGUAUAUGAGCAACUGUUUGGCACCGGCAUUUCAGCUGCUCAAAAGAACUCUCCUGUGUCGCAGAUCAAGGGCUUCAGAAAGCAUAUAGAUGGGGAGACCGCUCUGAUAUUGAGUCGCGGCCCUGAAGAUUCGUGGUCCUCCAUGGGGAAACAGCUUCUUGCAGAUGGUCGCCUAACCUUGAUCAACGCGUACAUCUCACGGCGCAAGCGAUCACCAUACAACAACGGCUGGAAACAAUCGCCACUAUGGCGCUCAGUAACCAACUCACCGCUGAACCAAAUCAUCGAUAUCUUGGUUGAAGUACCAGCGCUUCUCGAAGACCUGGACAUCUUCCGAGACACUCUAAAUAUCGAACUCUAUAACUCAAUCCUGACUCGAUGUCGCACCUGCGAGGGAGCCUUUACCGGUACCGAAGAACGACGAUGA